CCAACCCCAACCACAUCAAGCAAAUCAUACUUCAGAACGCUUCUACCUUAGCUUGUACUGAUCAAAUUAAUGCCUCAAUAAUCUUUUGACAGUACAAUUAAGAGCCACCAUGACUCCCAAGUUUGCACAUUCCCUCACUGUUGUGGUUCUUCUGGGUUCUAUUUUUGGAGCGAGUGUGGCCAACAAGGACUGGUUCUCUGGUUUUAACUACACAGACUGGUGGUCCAGAUUCGGGCAUCAGAAACCCAACCAGACUCAACCUAAGUCCAACACAAUCCUUGUUGGUGGCUCUCAGAAUUGGCGCUUCGGCUUUAACUACACCGACUGGGCUAUCAAAAAUGGCCCUUUCUACCUCAACGACACUCUUGUGUUCAAGUACGAUGCUCCGAACGCCACCACGCAUCCACACAGUGUUUACAUGUUUUCGAACUUUCGGAGCUUCUUGAAGUGUGAUCUGAAAAGGGCAAAGAUGCUGGCGAAUGCAACACAAGGCGUGGGAGAGGGAUUCAAGAUUGUGUUGAAGAGGUGGCAACCUUACUACUUUGCUUGUGGAGAGAGAAAUGGCUUUCACUGCACAAAUGGUGGUAUGAAGUUCGCUGUCAUGCCCAUGCUUCGCUCCUUCUUCCCUUGGCCUUGAUGAUUCUACAAUAUUAUUGCAGCAGAACCACUUCUGUGUUAUAGUUUUUUUAUUUUCUCUGAUAUACAUGUUAUACAAAAUGAAAACAGGUUUCAUUUUUCGUAGUUGUUUUUCUACAUAUUGUGAUGCAUUUGAGAAAAUACUGCUAAAAGAUAUGCAGACUGAAUAAAUGUAAAAGUUGCUUGUUUCGUCUUGACCAGCAGAAUUAGGUGUUCUGAUUGCGGUGUUAAUCGUAAUAUUUUUAUCAGAUGUCAUGACUCAUGACCUUCUUCAGACAUU